AUGGUUUCUAUAUCCCAACCCAAAGUUCCUAUGAUUGACAUGAACGAUUUGAAGCCAGGAAGUGACUCUUGGGUCUUGAGAUGCCAGGAGGUGACACAUGCUCUUGAAGAGUAUGGUUGUUUCAUGGCUAUAUAUCAAGGGGUUUCUAAAGAACUGAACAAGGAAGUUUUUGAUUCAAUAAAAACCCUGUAUAAGCUUCCCGCAGAAACCAAAAUCAAGAAUACUUCUGAUACGCCUUUAUUUGGCUAUUUAGGUCCUACUCAUACUCGUCCACUUUUUGAAAGUAUGGGAAUUGAGAAUGUUACAAGUUUGGAUCAUGUUCAACACUUUGCAAACCUUAUGUGGCCUUCUGGAAGUCACCACUUCAGUGAAAAUAUAAACUCCUAUGCGAAUCUAGUCUCUGAACUAGAAAACGCGGUGAAGCAGAUGGUGUUUCAAAGCUAUGGAGUAGAGAAAUACUACGAAUCUUAUGACAAAUCAUCAAUGACCUAUCUUCUUAGAGUAAAUAAAUACAAACCCGCAAAAACAAACGAGUCGAAUAUAGCGACGACAGCGAUUCAUACGGACAGGAGCUUCGUUAGCAUACUUAGCCAAAACCACGUGAACGGGUUGGAAGUCCUAACCAGGGAUGACAAGUGGGUAACUGUUGAAUUCUUGCCAUCGUCCUUUAUUGUCAUGGCAGCUGAUGGAUUCAUGGCAUGGAGCAAUGGUCGAUUGAGAAGUGCUCCUCACCGGGUGAUGAUGAAUGGGCAAGAAGAUAGAUAUUCGAUAGGUUUAUUCACAUUCAAGAAAGGGGUAAUAGAAAUACCAAAAGAAUUUGUUGAUGAAGAACACCCAUCAAGAUUCAAGUCAUUCAAUCAUCUCGAGUAUGUUGAUCAUAUGUCCAAAUCCCCAGUUUACAUCGACGAGAGAGCCAUAAAAUUGUUUUGUGGAACUUGA